AGGUGCUGUCUCUUUAAUCCAGAUACAGGAGGAACUGAAGAAACUGAACCAAGCAGAGAACAAAGAAGAGAACUUGAUGAAAGCCGUUGAGGACAGGAAGGAUGCUAUGCUGCAAUCUCUUUGGCAGAUCAAUGUGGUUGAUAUCGAGACUACUUUAUCUCGCGUUUGCCAAGCUGUACUUAAUGACCCUACUGUUUCCAAGGAUGUUCUUCGACUGCGAGCCAAAGCAUUGAAGAAACUAGGAACAGUCUUCCAAGUGAGUGACGGUUUGGUUUCCUGACAACUACAGGUUGAAAUCAUCGAGUAAUAUUCUUCAAUAAUUGCUCCACAGGGUGCCAAGGGUCCUUA